UUUACUCCGAGUAUUGGUAAAUAUGAUCACGUGGCUGGAGGGACCAAUGGUUGAAGCUGGCAGCCUGCAAAAAUACUACGAUUGUUCUGCGGGCAGGGCGCCUCUCUACAGUUCAACAGAGUAACCUUUUUUGCCUUCCCCCCAUAUGCCCUGCUACGGAGGGAGCCUGCAAAAAAUGUCGUCGAGCGGCACCCUCAGUAACUACUAUGUCGAUUCUCUCAUAGGCCACGACAGCGAGGAAGUGUACGGCGGGGGCGGCGGGGCUGGCCGGUUCCUGCAGGGAGGGCACCAUCCGUCCCCCCGGCCACCGUCAGGUGUGGUGGCGGAGGGCUCGGAUUUCGCCUCCUGCAGCUUCGCGCCUAAGUCUGCCGUCUUCUCCGCCUCGUGGUCCGCCGUCCACCCGCAGCCGUCGGCGGCGCCCAUGCCCGCCCUCUACCACCCCUACCUGCCCCAGCCGCACUUAGGCGGGCCGGGCGAGGGCGGCGGCGGCGGCGGCGGCGGGGGCAGAUACGUGCGCUCCUGGAUCGAGCCCUUCGCCGCCUUCCCCAGCAGCCCCGCCGGCGGAGGGGGCACCGGCAGCGCCAACCUCUCGGCUGCAGCGGCCGCCCUCGCGCCCGCCGGCUCCGCCGCCGCCGGACGCCACUACGGGAUCAUCAAGCCCGAAACCGGAGCCGCCGCCGCCGCCGCCGCCGCUUCCACGGCCCCUUCCUCCUCCUCCUCCUCCUCCACCACCACCUCGUCCGCCGCGGCCGCCGCCUCCUCCUCCUCCUCUUCCUCCUGCGCCUCUCCUUCCACUAGAACUGAGUGCUCCGCUUCCCGGGAGCCUCCCGGGAUCGCUGGGCCCGAAUACACGUGCAACCCCUUCCUGGCAGAACCCCGCGACAAGGCGGCGGCGGCGGCGGCGGCGAGCAGCGGACCUCAGCCCAGCGCCGCGUCUGCCGCCACCACCGGCAGCGGCAGCGGCAGCGGCAGCGCCCACCCGGCCAAGCCCGCCUCUGGUUGCAGCCGCAACCCCAGCCCGAGCAGCGAUCUGAAGGAGGAGAAGCAGCAGCAGCAACUUGACCCAAAUAACCCCGCCGCAAACUGGAUCCAUGCUCGUUCCACGAGGAAAAAACGCUGUCCGUACACAAAAUUCCAAACGCUGGAACUGGAAAAGGAAUUCCUCUUUAAUAUGUACCUCACCCGAGAUCGCCGUUACGAAGUGGCCAGGAUUUUAAACCUUACAGAGAGACAGGUCAAAAUAUGGUUCCAGAACCGAAGAAUGAAAAUGAAAAAGAUGAACAAGGAAAAAAGCAAUAAAGGGGACUAGCGCCUUAUUAGUGUGUGUGUGUGUGUGUGUGCUUGUGUGGAAAUGCACUGGGAUUUCUAUUAAAACACUCUUACAUACACACAAAAUUAGAGAUAUUAAUUAUUGUUAAUAUUGUUAUUAUUAUUAUUAUUAUUAUUAUUAUUAUUAUUAUUAUUUUCCAGAUGCAUUGGCCCAGAAUUUUCAAUUGCUCUAGUGGGGCUUUUGUUGUUUUAGAUACCAGUAAAUGUGGUCUGUUGUCAGGUAUUUUGGGGAGGAAAAUAUUUUGUGAGGAGUCCUUCUCUCGCUGGAGAAUUUAUUGCUUCUUUCCCUUUACCUCCUCCUUGGUUUUAAGGUAUUGUGAGUGCACG